AUGAUGACAAUCGAUAAUUGUUCCCAUGUGGAGAAAUCGCUCCGCGAAGGAAUCGUUUUCGCAUCUCGUAACAUCUCUGACAAAUACGGAAAAAUGCGAAUGGAUUUGAAUGUUCCAACGGCUGCAAGACAAAUAUUCAAUCAAUUAGAAAGUUUGGAGGAUAAUGCGAAAGUUUCUCAAUCGGAUUUCAACAAGAUUAUUGAAGAGAAUCAAAAAGAAAAUCCAUCACAGAUUGAGAAUAUCAAAAAACAAAUGGAAUGUUGUAGCGAAUUAUUGGAACUUGUUGAAAUUAUGAGGAAAAUUGAAGGGAAGUUGAUUGUUUUGAGAUCGAAUAGUUCGAAGAAAAGCGAUUGGGGAAAUUCUAUAAUUGAAUGCAAGAAUCAUUUGAGAGAAAUUGAAGAUUUGACUGUAAGUUUGAAGUAACUUCAAGAAACAGGUUUUUAGUAAAUAUAACAAUUUCAGAAAGUCAUGAAAUGCGGAGAUUUAAAUGUCGAAGAAGCUGUGAAACAUUUCGGCGCCGAAUUCGCUCAUCUCAAUUAUCAAUGCAGAUAUUUUUUGUCAGCAGACUAUGACAAUUAUUUCAAACUUCCAAAAAUCUCAACCAGAGGAAAACAAGAUAAAUCUAGUUUGAUCAUGUCAAUCAAAAAAUCGUCUAAUCCAUUAGAUACCGAAAAUAUAAAUCAAUGGUAUGUAGAAUUGUUAAAAUCUAGAUAAUUAUGUGUUUUUUUCCAGUCUCACCGCGAUGAACAUGAUUGGACAAUUAUCGGAACGUCUUCAAACUUGGAAAGUUCUAAUUGUCGAUGUUUUUUGUGAUACAAUUGCAAAUAGUCGAAAUGGUCAAAAUGUAUAUCAACUGGAUAAAGUAUUUCCAAAUGUUUCAACUUUCAAAUUGCUUACUCGCAUUAAAUCAACACCAAUUGCCGAAACAAUGGAUACAAAUGGUGUUUUGGAUACUAUGGAAAGAUUUUUCAGUGAUUUGGCUGAAGUUUUGGAUGGUUAUGAAUUAUAUGAUGCAACUGGAAAAUGUUUCAUCUCAACUAUUGGAAAUUAUUGUGAAGAUGACUUGAUGCAACUUGUUUUAAAGGUAGGUUCUCGAUUAUUUGGCAAUGAUAAGAAAUUCAAAUUUAUUUCCAGGAUAUAAUUUCGGUAGCUGCUCCACUCUCCGAAUUUGAACAAGAUGAAAAAUUGUUUUUACAAGUUUUAGAAAGAGGUGAAAAGUUUGUGGAACACAUGAAAUCUUUAAAAUUUUUCUCACAAUCGGCAAAACUUUUGGAUAUUUCAAGUUUCGAAAAUUCAACAAUUCUUGUCAAUCGUCGUUGUUUUGCAAUUGUUAAAAAAGCCCAAGAAAUAAUCGAAGAAACUUAUGAAAAAGUUGAAAGUGUUGGUGGAAGUGGAGAAAUGAUUCAAGACGAAGAUACUCUAUCAAAACUGUAUUCCAAUAUUCAAAAAUUACAAAAAACCGAUAAUUAUCUGGAAAAUAUUUUGAAGGCCGGAGGAGAUGGCGCUUUUCCACCAAUAUUUGUUAUGCAAAAAUGUUGUGUUAGUGCAUCAGCGGUGAAAUUUGUGAAUUUAUUGAAGAACACUAUCAAAGCAGCUUUUGAUACUGAAGAUGAGGUAAGUCCAACAACAUAAAUACGAGGAAAUUUAUGAAUAAAUAAAUAAUUAUACAGAUUGCUCAAUCGCGAAUUUCAUUGACAGCUCAAAAUAUUGUUCGUCUAUAUAUUAUUCAAUCCAGUCGAAAACAUGCCAAUCAAAUACAAUCAAUUCCUUCAGUUGCUGCAUUGUUUUACAAUAAUUGUUAUUUCAUUGCUCAUUCUAUUAUGACAUUAUCAUUUGAAUUCAAUAAUGAUAAGAAGAAGAAACAAAAACAAUUAUUGGAACCAUUAUUGAUUGAUUCAAUUGGAAGAUUACGAGAUGUUGCAGCUGAAAGUCUUGAAAAUACUCUUUUGAGAUGUCGCCGAGAUUUGUCACUUUUCCUCGAUGAUCCAAAUAUUUUCGAGCAUUUACCAAAAGGCUACAAAACUCCGCAAAACACAUUCAGUUUCACUGACAAUCAAUUUGUUUCAAAUAAAAAUGAGCCGAAAUUGGUGCAAUCUUUGGCUGCGUGUCUUUUGCAUAUUCGAUCAAUGUCAAAUAGUUGGAGAGAAAUUAUGCCUGAAGUUGUUUAUUGUAAAUCGAUUGGAAGUUUGGUGAAUUUCUUGUUGGAAUCACUUGUAAAACAUGUUAUUUCGAAAAGUGAUAUUCGAGAAAAUGAUGCGAAUGCUAUGACUGACAUUUUCAAACAUGUUAUUGAUGCGGUUGAUGCAAUUAUGACGGUUUGUUGUUUUUUUUUAAUUAGGGAAACUUUACUUAGAGAUUCCUUCAAAGGUUUUACAACACCAAGAAUGAACAAAAUUGCAAAAAAUAUGAAUUUUCAGUUGCGCGGACGUUCACAAACAACUGAUUUUUGUUCGGAACAAUAUUUCCGUCUUCAUGAAAUAAUAUUUGUUUUGGCAAAUCGAAUGCAAGAUAUCGAAAUGAGAUGGUUUAAUGGAAAAGGCCCAAUGGCAGAACAUUUGAAUGAAAAAGAAGUUGUCGGAUUAAUCAAAUCACUUUUCGCCGAUUCGCAACAAAGAAAAGAUUUGAUUUCUAGGUUAUAG